CUCUCUCUCUCUCUCCCCCCCUCUUUAAACGGCGAUAUUUCCGUACUUCGUUCUCUCUCUCUCUCUAUUUGUUUCUCUCUCCUCACCCCUCCUCUCUUUCUCUCUCCUCCAAUUCUCUAACCCUAGCCCCUUGAGGCUAGAAGAAGCAGAGGAGGAGGAGCAUCAAACCUCCAAGGCGAAGGCGAAGGUAUCCUAGCCAUAUAUAAGAGAUAUAAAACAGAGAAAAAAAUGAAGCGCUGGCUGUGCUGUGCAUGUAAUAUCGACGAGUCUCAUCAUGACGACGAGAAUCAAACCCUUAAAGCUCCAAAGAAUUAUUUAGAUGGAACACAGAAGGGUUCAAGGCCUGCUGCUGUGGCGAAAGCUGAACAACAGAAGAGAGUUAUAAAUAUUGAAGUACCUAAAUUGUCUCUAGAGGAACUAAAAGCGAAGACUGACAACUUUGGAUCGCAGUCUUUGGUUGGGGAAGGGUCUUAUGGAAGAGUAUAUUAUGCUGUUCUAAACAGUGGGCAACAGGUUGCAAUAAAAAAACUUGAUGUUUCUUCAGAGCCAGAUUCCAGCCAGGAAGAGUUUCUGACUCAGGUAGAAACAGUAUCAAAAUUGAAACAUGAUAAUUUUGUUCAAUUGCUGGGCUACUGUGUGGAAGGAAAUUAUCGUUUAUUGUCCUACGAAUUCGCUACCAUGGGUUCACUGCAUGAUGUUUUGCAUGGCAGGAAAGGAGUCCAAGGUGCCCAACCUGGUCCUGUGCUUGAUUGGAUUCAGAGGGUGAGAAUUGCUAUUGAUGCAGCAAAGGGUCUGGAAUAUCUCCAUGAGAAGGCUCAACCUUCUGUAAUACAUCGGGAUAUAAGAUCAAGCAAUAUUCUUUUAUUUGAAGAUUUCAAAGCAAAAAUUGCAGAUUUCAACCUCUCAAAUCAGGCUCCUGACAUGGCUGCUCGUCUUCAUUCUACUCGUGUCCUUGGAACUUUUGGAUAUCAUGCCCCAGAAUAUGCCAUGACUGGUCAGCUAACCCAGAAAAGUGAUGUAUAUAGCUUUGGAGUCGUGCUUUUGGAGCUUCUAACAGGCAGAAAACCAGUUGAUCAUACCAUGCCUAGAGGCCAGCAGAGUCUGGUUACUUGGGCUACUCCAAGGUUGAGCGAGGAUAAAGUUAAACAAUGUGUAGAUCCGAGAUUGAAAGGAGAAUAUCCACCAAAAGGAGUUGCUAAGCUUGCAGCAGUAGCAGCUCUUUGUGUACAGUAUGAAUCGGAGUUUAGGCCCAAUAUGAGUAUUGUAGUCAAGGCACUUUCUCCACUGCUUGCAAAUAAACAAGCGACUCAACCACCUCCUGUUGCAGUUCCUAAUGCUUGAGAUACCUUAAGGUCGUGUAUUCAUGUUGGUAUUUGUUCUUGCUUCUGAUUCCUGAUCGGUAUGGGAAAUGUAAUCAUUGACUAUGGUUUGGGGUUUGUAUAUUUCUUGAUUAUUUCUUCUGGUGGUACGCUUUUGGCUCUCAGAUGUGGUAGUGUGUGAUGAGUGUCUCGGAAAUUAUAAUUCUUUUUGUGACCAGCACCUUCAUACCGAA